AUGCCUUACAAGAAGAUUCAGCAUUUUCAUUCACAUCGCCAAACAUAUCAUGCAAAAUUAAUUCCAAUCCUGAUCUCUACAAAAUCGCAUACUAUAACCGUCAAAAGAAGAUCACAAAUAUCCCACCUCUGCCAUCAACUAGCAUCAGCAACACGACAACUUCAGCAUUCGCUCCUCCUAAUAGCAAAUACCCUCAACCAAACCCUGUCCAGAAUUCAUUCACAAACAUGCCUCAACCUCCGAGACCAGACACAACUCCUACUAACAACAAGGCCACUUCUUUUCAUCAAUACAGUGAUACCAAUGAUAUUAGCCGCCAACUUCAAAACCUGUCAAGAUCCUUCACCGAUGAAAUAA